CUCUACUUCUAAUGGAGGUGAACAUAUUACACCAUGAGUAAGUGUUUGAUCAAUAUCAUAGUGGUUCUCUCGUCUUUGACCUCCCUGUCGGGAGUUUUGGCAGAGCAAUGUGGACGGCAAGCUGGGGGAGCUCUAUGCCCCGGCGGGCUUUGCUGUAGCCAGUAUGGCUGGUGUGGCAACACCGGUGAUUACUGUGGGGAGGGUUGUCAAAGCCAAUGCAGUGGCGGUGGCGACAUCACCUCUCUCAUCAGUAGCUCUCUGUUCGAUGAAAUCCUGAAACAUCGAAACGAUGGGGCUUGCCCCGCCAGAGGAUUCUACACCUACAACGCUUUCAUAGCCGCUGCGCGAUCCUUUAGCGGCUUCGCGACAACAGGUGACACCACCACUCGCAAAAGGGAGAUAGCAGCUUUCUUGGCUCAGACCUCUCAUGAAACCACAGGAGGAUGGGCAACUGCACCAGAUGGCCCUUAUGCCUGGGGCUACUGCUUCGUAAGAGAACAAGGCAAUCCCGGGGAUUACUGCAGCCCUUCUCCACAGUGGCCAUGUGCUUCCGGCAGGAAAUAUUACGGCCGAGGACCCAUUCAAAUCUCAUACAACUACAAUUACGGGCCAGCAGGAAGAGCCAUAGGAGUGGACCUCCUGAACAACCCUGAUCUGGUGGCCACUGAUCCGACCAUUUCAUUCAAAACAGCCAUCUGGUUCUGGAUGACCCCUCAAUCCCCCAAACCAUCAUGCCACGAUGUGAUAACCGGACAAUGGACGCCAAGCGCUGCCGAUUUGGCUGCCGGACGAGCCCCGGGCUAUGGCGUCAUUACCAACAUCAUCAACGGAGGAAUUGAAUGCGGCAAAGGUUACAUCCCACAAGUUGCUGACCGCAUUGGCUUCUACAAGAGGUACUGCGACAUUUUAGGGGUGAGCUACGGUGAUAACCUCGACUGCUAUAACCAGAAGCCUUUCGGCCAGUCUGCUGAUCAUCUUGUCUCUACAGCUUAACUAUAAAAUCUUUUGGGCUUUUUCUAUAUAUGUAAUAUGUUAUAUGUAUUCUGUUGCUGUCUGUGUUCUGUUUUGUGGGAUGUUGUUAUUGGUGUCUUGUGUUCCGUUUUCUCUAUCAUAAGAAAAAAUUAAAGUAACAUGUAAUGCCCAUGCUUUAAUUAAAUACAACAAAGAUUCAUGAACAGCCA